AUGUUCCGCUCCACUAUUUUGUCGUUGCUCUCUCUGCUCACCGUUGUCUCCGGUAGCCCAACUCCUAGCCUCAACCAAGAGAAUGCCAUCAGCGAGCGCGCAGCCUGCAGCACCCUCCCGGCGUCCUUCGUCCUCGCCGGCGACUCUACCACAGCAGUCAAUGGAGGCUGGGGCACAGGUUUUAUCUCUUUUCUGAAGAGCCCGGCCAAGGGCACCAACAUUGCCAAGAGUGGAGCGACGACGGUCUCGUUUAAGAACGGUGGAUACUGGAAGAAGGUUAUCGAUCAGGUCAAGGCUGACGCAGCGACGCACAAUGUCGUUGUGACUAUUCAGUUCGGCCAUAACGACCAGAAGGAGGCCGCAGGCAUCUCCCUGAGCCAAUUCCAGACCAACCUGGAGAACUUCGCCAAGGAGGUGAAGGCCGCAGGCGGGACACCACUCCUCACGACGUCCCUCACGAGGCGCGUCUUCACAUCCGAGCACAACGCGACCGACUCGCUGCACGACCAGCGCCUCGCGGCCAUCGCGGCGGCCAAGGCGACGUCGUCCCCGUACAUCGACCUGAACCAGGCGUCGCUCGCCUUCGUCAACGCCAUCGGCGAGGACCCCGCGCAGGCGUACAACCUCGCCGACGGCGACAGGACGCACCUCAACGAGCACGGCAGCGUCGUGUUCGGGCGCAUGGUCGCGGACCUCAUCCUGGGCCACCCGCCGACCAUCAGCGCCGAUGACAAGUGGACCCCUGCGGCUGACAACUGCUUUGUGAGUGCGUUCAAGCCGGACCAGACUUUGACGCAUGCUAUUUGGAGUGGCCAGCCUGCUUAA